UAAAAUGUGCAGGAUUUCUGGAGAGCUACAUUCCAAGCCUUAGCUGCCCUUUUGGAAGGUCCAUGUGCCCUCACUGUGUGGGGGCUUGUUGUGGACGCUGUGGAAAAGCUGUGCAUUUCACAGUUAAUCCCAGCAAAGCGACGUGGGGAAGGCUCAGCGGAUAAAAGGCUUGCAGUCCCAGCUGAGGGAAGAGUUCCUCCCAGCAGCAGCAGCAGCAGUAGCAGCAGAGACAUUCCGCAUGGUUUGGUUUUGGCUGGAUGAGCAAUGUGGCUUUCUGAAAGCCUGUCACAGUUUGGCAGAGAACCGUAAAGAUCCUGAGACGUUCGGCUGUUAAGAUCCGCUAUAAAGUACAUAGUGACAGGAAACUCUACACAGUUUCUCUGAUGAUUGGAUGGGAGGAAUUUUUGACCUUGGAAAGUGGAGAUGACGUUGCUAUGGAAACUCGUAUUUCUGCUACCACUCAUGAACUGCUUUGCAGAUGAAGAACCUCCACAUGGACCAAUUUUUAUUCAAGAGCCAUUUGAUAUCACCUACUCAGUGAAUUCUGAAGAUCCAGAAGUACUUCUGAACUGUACAGCUAAAGGAAAUCCCUCACCUUCCUACAGGUGGAAACACAAUGGCACAGAUAUUGAUCUUACGAUGAGUUAUCACUACAGGCUGGUUGGAGGCAGCUUGGCAAUCAAUAACCCCCAUAAAAAACAGGAUAUCGGAACAUACCAGUGUUUGGUCACAAAUUCGUUUGGAACAAUUCUGAGCAGGAAAGCAAGACUUCAGUUUGCAUAUCUUGAAAACUUUGAAACCAAAGCAAGAAGCACUGUAUCUGUCAGAGCAGGACAAGGAGUCGUGCUAUUCUGCGGUCCUCCGCCACACCAUGGAGAUUUAUCCUAUGCUUGGAUUUUCAAUGAUAAUCCCUUAUAUGUUCAGGAGGACGGUCGUCAAUUUGUAUCUCAAGAGACAGGGAAUCUAUACAUCGCAAAAGUGGAACCUUUGGAUGUGGGCAACUACACCUGUGUUGUCACAAACACAGAAGCAAAACAAAGUGUACAGGGCCCACCCACACCACUUGUGCUCCGUAGUGAUGGUGUGAUGGGGGAGUAUGAGCCAAAGAUUGAAGUGCGUUUUCCGGAAACAACACUGGUGGCAAAAAGCUCAUCUAUUACACUGGAAUGUUUUGCCCUUGGAAAUCCAGUUCCCAGUAUCAGCUGGAGAAGAUCAGAUGGUAGCCCAUUUGUGAAAAAAAUAAAAACUUCCAAAGGAACCCUGGAAAUCCCAGAUUUUCAGCAAGAGGAUGAAGCAUCUUAUGAAUGUAUCACUGAAAAUAUUCGGGGACGGAAUAUUGCUAGAGGCCAGCUGUUUAUAUAUGCCCUCCCUGAAUGGAGUAAAAGCCUUGAGGAUGCCGAUCUCUCUCUUUAUGACACUUUGGUUUGGAAAUGUAAAGCAACUGGGAAACCAAAGCCAUCAUACAGCUGGUUUAAAAAUGGCCAGCCCCUCACACCAGAGGAAAGAAUUCACAUUGAAAAUGGAACUCUUACUAUAGCUAUGCUGAACAUUUCAGAUUCUGGCCUCUAUCAGUGUGUUGCAGAAAAUGAAUAUGGCUCCGUAUAUUCCAAUGCUGAAUUGAGAGUAAUAGCUUCAGCCCCUGAUUUUUCCAAAAAUCCUGUGAAAAAAAUGUCAGUUGUCCACAUAGGAGGUGAAGUCACCAUUGGAUGUAAACCAGAGGCCUCUCCUAAGGCAACAAUUACCUGGAAGAAAGGCACAGAGACUUUGCAGCCAAGCAAAAGAAUUUUCAUCCUAGAGGAUGGCAGCCUGAAGAUCUCUAACGUGACCAAAACAGAUGCAGGUGUCUACAUUUGCGUAGCAAUGAAUCAAUUUGGAGUUGCUAGGAACUCAGGCAAUCUUAUUGUGAAAGAAAGAACUAUAAUUACCACACCACCAUCCAAUAUGGACGUCACAGUUGGAGAAAGUAUAGUCCUGCCUUGCCAAGUAUCCAAAGAUCCAUCCAUUGAGGUGGUGUUCUCAUGGCUGUUCAAUGGAGAUCUUAUUGACUUUAGCAGAAGAAUGACUCAUUUUGAAAGAGUGGGAGGGGAAUCUGUUGGGGACCUUAUGAUAAGAAACAUUCAGAUAAAUCAUUCUGGGAAGUACACAUGCAUAGUGCAAACCGCUAUGGAUACCCUAUCUGAAACAGCCGAAAUAAUUGUGCGAGGUACUCCAGGUCCACCCAAAGAUGUUAGUAUUGAGCACGUUUCCAGCACAACAGCUGUACUAAACUGGAGACCUGGAAUUGAGAACAACAGCCCAAUCCAGAUAUACACUAUUCAGACAAGGACUCCUUUUUCAGUUGGAUGGCAAGCAGUUUCAACAGUUCCUGAAGUUAUUAAUGGCAGAACCCAUACAGCAACAGUGGUUGACCUAAAUCCUUGGGUCGAAUAUGAAUUUCGAGUUGUGGCUGGCAACAGCGUUGGAAUUGGAGAGCCCAGUGCACCAUCUGAACUACUAAGAACUAAAGCAUCUAUUCCCACCGUGGCCCCAGCAAAUGUGAGUGGAGGUGGAGGAAGCCGGUCGGAGCUUGUCAUCACAUGGGAGUCAGUUCCUGAGGAACUACAAAAUGGGGAAGGUUUUGGAUACAUAAUUAUGUUCCGGCCCCUUGGCUCGACAAGCUGGACAAAAGCAGUGGCUGCCUCAGUGGAAGCGUCAAAAUACAUCUAUAGAAAUGAAAGCAUCACACCGUUAUUCCCCUUUGAAGUAAAAGUGGGUGUUUUUAAUCAAGAAGGAGUAGGCACACUGAGCCCAAUCUAUAUAGUCUACUCUGGAGAAGAUGAGCCACAGUUAGCACCAACUGGAACAUCUGUACAAAGCCUCUCAGCAUCUGAACUGGAAGUCUCUUGGAGCCCUGUUGCAUGGAACAGACAUACUGGAAGAGUUCUGGGCUAUGAGGUCUUAUGCUGGACAGAUGAUUCAAAGGACUCUACAACUGGAAAAGUCAGAGUCUUUGGCAACAUCACAGCAAAAAAUAUCACUAACCUCAGGGCAAAUACAAUGUAUUUUGUCACAGUGAGGGCUUAUAACACCGCUGGGACAGGACCAUCCAGUGUCCCAGUUAAUGCCACCACAAAAAAAUCACCACCAAGUCAACGCCCAACAAACAUUGCCUGGAAACUGACCAAUUCAAAGAUAUGCUUGAACUGGGAACAUGUGAAAACAAUGGAAAAUGAAUCUGAAGUUCUAGGAUACAAAAUUUUGUAUAGGCAAAAUCGACAAAGCACCACGCAUAUCCUUGAGACAAACAAUACCUCUGCUGAGCUCCUGGUACCUUUUGAAGAAGAUUACCUCAUAGAAAUAAGAACCAUGAGUGAUGGAGGGGAAGGCAGCAGCAGUGAGGAAAUUAGGAUCCCAACCAUGUCAAGUUUAAGCUCCAAAGGAAGACAUGUCUGUUAUUCUGCAGUAUACAUAACAAUAAUUGAUAUUAUUAUUCUAGUUUAUGUUCUCAGUUCCUCUGUUUUUUUGUUGAACUGAACCAGCAAACUGUUCCUGGAUUUUUGAAAACAAAGCAGUCAUUGUUGGAGAAAAAAGUGUAUCCCAGUCCCUUUUGAUAUGUCAGUUACCAUGGGGCAACAUGGUCUGAGCAGGGGGAAAUUUCACAGCCAGACUCCUCCUCUUGCUGAGAUCAUGGGCUACCUAUGCAGUCACGCCUGUCAUUCCUGAAAGAAGAACCUACUGAGAAAGACAAGGAGCUUCCUUUUUAAAUGUAAAUAUAAUUCAAGCUGCAAUCCUAUGGCCAGUUUUUGUUGUUGUUGGCUUUUGUUUUGUUUUUUUGGAAGGAUGCCAUACUGAACUCAAAUGGAUGUACAGGACUGCACUGUAAUUGAAUUUUUAAAUGAAUAAAAAUUGAAAUAAAAAUGUGUGGGCUUUAAACUUGCCAAUCAGUUCAAACUAAACAGAAUGGAAACAAAAAUGUUGCUAUCAGAUUAUAAAAGUAGAAACUAAUUACAAUUAAAGUGACCUAUUAUGGAAACCCAGUCUAUCUGUAUGUAUGAUAAACAUGCAAGAUAUGAGUCACAACCAUAACAGACACUAACCAGCUUGAAAAAGGAUUGCAGCUGUGUGUGAUGUAUCAUGUUAUUUGAUCCAUGUUUCUCAUUUCCCUCUGUAAUGAGACAAUAUUUACUGCAUUUUCAAAUUUAAUAAAAAUAUUUCUUUACAA